UCCGCUCUGCCAUCUGGGCGAGGAGAGCUUUUGCCGCACGUGGAAUUGGAAGGAAAUUUUUACAAAUCUUGACUUUUUUUCGAUAUAAAUCAGUCAAUAUCGAUAUUUCUGCAUUUGUGUGGAGCUGUAAGACAAUCUUUUGUCGCGAUGUUUCUGCAGUAUUACCUGAACGAGAACGGGGACAGAGUCUACACUCUGAAGAAGGUGAGUCCUGACGGGCAGCCCACCAGCUCAGCCCACCCGGCCCGCUUCUCCCCUGACGACAAGUUCUCCCGACAUCGGGUGAUGAUAAAGAAACGCUUCGGCAUUCUGCUCACACAGCAGCCCAGACCUGUUCUGUGAGAGGGAAAGAGAGAGAGCAGAGGAGAAAGCGGAAGGAGGGAGAGGUGGAUGGAUGGAGAUCGAGACCAAGAGAUGGAGGGAUGAAGGCGAAGAUGGGACUGCAAAGCAAAGAGCAAGAAAACUCCAGGCCCAAACUGAAGGGACUGUACAUGCAUUGGAUAUCAGCUAUUGCUGAGGUUAAGGAUUUUUUUUUCUGCUGUUAUUUGUUAGCAUUCAUUUUAGGUUAUUGUUAUAAUUUUCUGUUUUUAUUCUGAAUAAAUGUUUGGUUGGUGGACUGCAA